GGACAGAGAUGGGGGUGGCUGGGAGGCCGUGGGAGAGGGCAAGGAGCCUCAUAGGGGCGCGUGGAGAACGAGGGACACAGCAGGCUGGGCAGGACUCUCAGGAAUGUGUGAGCUAUCUGUUCUGCCAGGGCCCAGAGAGUCACCUGCUCCUAUUGCUGCUAUUCUAAGUGCUUCCCACCCUCUUCCCCUCCACUUGGGAGGUUCCCUGUCCUGAGGGCUCCCUGUCCCUCCCCCAUCCCCGUUAAUUUCAGAGCCCAGCCUCCUGCUUUCUCUGUUUCAGAGGGCUCUGCCUCCAGAAGUCUCCCCAGCUCUGUUCUUCUGGCUUGUUCCUUCUCUCCCACUGUCCCACCCCACUUCCACACACCCCAGUCUGACCGGUCCAGCCCCCAGCCUCCACUUUACCUUGCUCCACUGCAAGCCUCUGGGGCUACAUCCCCACCCAGCCCCUUGUGCCCCACCUGGCUGGGCCAGUGUUUUGGGGUUGGGCCACCCUCUUGGCCCCCUGGAAUGGGACAUGUAACCCCCACCUCACCUCUCUGGUUUGCCUGGAGCUGGCAGAAGAACCAAGUCUGUGGGGCAUGGGACUUCCCUUUCAUGAGGGAAAAUGGGCUAGGGUGUAAAAUACCUCGAUCCCACAUGGGAUUGAGGAUGCCUGGCCAAUCCCAGAAUCUGGGAUGGGAGAACAGAGGGUGCCUGGUGAAUCCAGACUGCUCAUGUGCUCUGGGUAACAAGAACCUUCAUGUCCCCAACAGGGCCUGGCAGUUGGAAGGUACUUAAAUUAGUGGAUGGAUGGGAGGGUGGAUGGGUGGAUGAGUGAUAGGGGUCUAGGCAUUUAGGGAAUGAAUCCCAGGGAAAGAGAGAGUACAUUUGUUUAUCCAGUAUCUUCUUUGGGUCAGGUCUUGCCUCUUACCUCACCAAAGCAACUCUGUGAUCCCCACUUUCUAGAAGAGGAACCUAAGACUGAGGAGAGGAAGGUUUUAGAAAACUUGCCCCAGAGCACCCAGCUAAUAAGUGCCAGGACUGCGUUCUGAGCCUGGGUCUAACCCCAAAGCCACAUUCUCUCCAUUCUCCUACUGGGAUGCUUGUGUCGCAAGAGAAGAGGAGGCGGCAACCAUCUCUAGGAUGCCCUUUCUCUGCAGGAGAGGGGCAGGGACAGCUCUCUCAAGCUGGGCAAGGAGCCUAGCCCCUCGCCUCCCCGUCUUCCCAGCCUCCCAGCCCAGCUCCACCCCAAAGGCACCACAGAUCCGGGAGGGAGUGUAGACAGGGCAGCCGGAUGCUACUUUGUUGGCCUCUGGCCCAGCCCCUGCGGGCUCUUAAGAACACAGCAAGGGAGCAGGGCUGGUCCUUGUCCUCAAAAUCAGAAGAACCUUCCCACCUCUCCCAGAUGUCUUGCUGCUUCAUCUGAUCCUCAUUUUGAGGCUAUUUCAUUGACCUUCAAAAAGGAAGCCCAGCCUCUAGAGGUGUCCUUGCCCCAGGACCCAAAAGUCCUUUGGGCUGGCAUCUCUAGUUGUGCAUAUUGUGCACUGCACAACUCCAGAGAGCACCACUUGCAUUUGAAGUCACUUCACACUUGAAGUCAUGACAAUUUUUGGAAGAUGGCAGUAAAUGUCUUGAAGAAGGGCAUUUUGUUCUGAUUUACCCAGUCGCCUUUGGGCUUGUGGUCAGGGCUGAUCCCACCCAGCCAGCCUCAAGCUUCCUGCUCCUGACCCUGCCUAGGAAUGCCAGAAUGGUGCCCACAGCCCCUCACUUAGGGGGUUCUUGAAGGGAGGGAUUGGGUUGUCAGCUAGAGUCCUGGUCCCUUGAAGUGUUAAUGUUAGAAGGUGACAGUGGAAAAUGCUGUCAGAAACUCGCCAACACUAGACAAACAGGAGAUAGUCAUCUAUCAGCUAAGAAAUGUUUAUUGAUGUAUUAUUACUUUAUUUCUGGCAAGAAUGAACAACUUACUUGGCAUCUUUACCUGAGUGUCCGCCAAGUAAGGCCAGUGUUCCUAUUCCUGUGAAUUUGCCCCUCUUUGGUCUCUGUGUGUCUGUGUGUACUAGGGGUGGGAAGACAGGGGUCUGUGGUGGCCCAGUCUCCACCCAGGUGUCUCAGAUUGAAAUAGCUUGAAAACUGCUUUGAUUCUCCAGUCUUAAAUUUGUCUUCUCCCCCCACACUCCAGAAUUCAUAUGUAUCCUUACCCCACCCUACCCUGUUCUGCUCUCUCAGGCCUGGUCACCCCCUUAGUUACUCCACCUGUCAGAGCCUUCUGCACCCAGAGCUUGGAUGGGGAGUGGAAAAUUCCCAGCUCUCAUGCUCCCUUCCUGGCUGCAGGGCCUCAUCCAAAGGUCACCUUGAAUUGAACGCUAAUUCCCCCCACGGGGAAGCAAGUUGGGAUUGACAGCCAGGAGAAAGAGGGUGCAAGCACAUGGGAUGCAGCAUGUUGGGGCCACUGACUCUGAGGGGCAAAGCUGGGGCCUGGAGGCCAGGGUGGGUGAUCCUGAAGCACAAGAGCCCUGGCUGGAGGGUUGGCCUGGGACUGAGGUGGCCAAGGCAGAAGCUGGACGGGGAUGGGUCAUGAGCCGUGGCGUGGAGGCGGGAGUGUGAGGCCUGAGCUGUGGGGAAAGGAGUCUGAGUGGAUAGGGCAGGGCAUGAAGGCCUGUGCAGGCUCUGGGCCACCAAGAGACCAGAGAUGGGCCCUGGGGGAAAGCCAGGUUCUGGGACCCAGAGCCUGGCCCUGGGGACCAUUGAGCCAGGCCUGAGUCGACCUCUGGUGGCCACUUAACAAACUGCAGCCAGACCUCUGUCCCUUCCCUGUAUCCACUCCUAGGUUUUUUCAAAGCCCCUGCUCCUAUUCCCCAUGUCCCACCUCCUGCCUCACUUUCCCACCUCUCCUUAAGCCCUUGUUACCUCCAAGACCUCAGACCCCAGACUCAGGUUCCAGUGCCAGAGGCUAUACUUAUCUCAGGGCUCUGGGCAGUUUGUGUUGCCUUGGUAACCUUUCCCAUUCCUCCUUGCCUUCACUGUGGGAGAUGGGGGACCUUCUGGCUGGGCCCCAGGCAGUGUCGGGAUGUGGGCUUUGUGUCUGUGGGGUGCUCACAGUCUAAAGAAGAGGACAAAGCGCGGGAAGUAUCCUCCAUCUCAGCUUGGAGGAGCUGAGGCCUUGAGGUUGGCUGUGUUAGUCCAGAGUGGGUAGGAUGGGGUCAUCCUCCCAGGGCUAGGCUCUCCCUCACCUUCUACACCCCUUCCUACCCAGGCCUCUGGCCCCACAACCCCUCCCCUGAGUCAGCCCACCAGCUGACGUCCCUCUGCCGGCCCCCUUCCCUGCACUCUGGGAUUGGUGCCAGGGUGAGAAGGGGACACUGGUACUGACCGUUCCUGGGAAUUCCCGCCCACCGUGGAGUCUGUGGGAGGGGGUCCCCGUGUCCCUCAGGAGCCAAUAGCAGCCAGGCUUUGCCCUGGGGGGAGGUGUAUAUCUUUCAGACCAGCACCCCCUAGGCACUGUCUCUUCUCUGCCUGCCUGGCACCAGCCAGACCCUGCUCUGCCCGGGGGGCUCUGAGCCCCCCAGGCAGUCUUUCUGAACAACCAUCUUCCUUGGGGGGUUCUGAGGACCCUUUCCCCUUGGGGAUGGCCCAGCCAGGAAUCUCUGUCAAGUCCCUGGUGUCUUCGUAUGAGACCCGAGUGGUAGGGGUGGCUCCGGGGCCUCCCCGGAAAAAAGGCUGUGUCUCCUCUCCUUGUUCCCCUCGAGGGGCAUCUCCCAUCCGAGGGGCAUCUGGACCCUCACCCCACAGGGGCCUGGGGGGACCUGGGCAGCGACCCUCACCCUGCCGGGGGAUGGACAAAACCCUCCUGUCCUUGAUACUCUACUGUCACAGCGGCUCCGGAAGCCUCGUUGGAAUUGACAACAAGAUUGAAAAAGCCAUGAUUUUCUUCUGGAAACACAAAGCGAAGCCAAUCGUCUCAGAAUGCCCUGACUCCAAGAAAAGCAUGUUGAAGUUGGAGAAGACCCCCAACGUGGUUGAGACUUUAGAGUUGAUUGAACCCUCCAAAGAGUCUAAGACUUUCAACACGGAUGAGUCCCUGCAGGUGGCUGAUCCCUGUGGCACGCUGGCCAAGACAACAGGUGGGGCUGAGGUGGAGCUGGGUCAUGGUGGCUGGUCCCUGCUGCAGCUGCCCUGGUUGGCCAUCAAGUCUGUCUCUUUGCUCAUGAUCUCGUCCCUGCAGUCUGGCUGGCAAAUGUGCAGUGGGAAGUCAUCUGUGAGUUCUACCUCACUUAGCUCCCAAAUGAGGACCCGGUCCCCUUUGGAGUCACCGGAGCCUGAGAUGCUGUGGCAAGUGUACUUGGUGCUGUGGGCCAUUCGGAAACAACUGCGGCAGCUGGCCCACAGGCAGGAGAGGCGGAGGCGGAGGCGGCGCCACACCCAGGCCCACACGGGCCUCCGCCCUGCCCAUUUCCAUGCCUGAAACAGGAUAUCCGGAGUUCCCUCUAGGGGGGAGCUCCACAUCCUCAGAAAGCCCCCGCCUCACUCUUAGGUAAGGUUGAUAGGAGAGGUUAGGGCAGCAAGCCGAGAGUUGUGGAUGAGGAGAAGUUUCAUACUGUUACCUCUCCUUGGAAGCCCAAGACCAAGCCAGGGCCCCCACACUCCUCUUCAUUCCACGUAUUCAAUCUGUAAAAAAAAUUACCAAAUUGUUGGAAAAUAAAGAUCAGCUAUUUCAGAG